GUCAUUCGGAAACUGUGUCUUCUCCUCCUCCUCCUCCUCCUCCUUUCUCGGGAGAGAUCGCUGCUCAUCAACCAAGCUAGAGCGAGGUGUAACCAUGGGGCUCACGUUCACGAAGCUGUUCAGCCGGCUCUUCGCCAAGAAGGAGAUGCGGAUUCUGAUGGUAGGUCUCGAUGCGGCUGGUAAGACCACGAUCCUUUACAAGCUCAAGCUCGGCGAGAUCGUCACCACGAUUCCGACCAUCGGAUUCAAUGUCGAGACAGUUGAAUACAAGAAUAUAAGUUUCACUGUGUGGGAUGUUGGGGGCCAGGACAAGAUCCGUCCAUUGUGGAGGCACUACUUCCAAAACACACAGGGCUUGAUUUUUGUUGUUGACAGCAAUGAUAGAGAUCGAGUGGUGGAGGCAAGAGAUGAACUGCAUAGGAUGUUGAAUGAGGAUGAGCUGCGUGAUGCUGUUCUGCUUGUUUUUGCCAACAAGCAAGAUCUUCCUAACGCAAUGAAUGCUGCAGAAAUAACUGAUAAACUUGGUCUUCAUUCUCUCCGUCAACGCCAUUGGUACAUCCAGAGCACAUGUGCAACCUCUGGAGAAGGUCUCUAUGAAGGUCUGGAUUGGCUUUCCAACAACAUUGCCAGCAAGGCUUGAGGCAUUUGAGGAUUUUGAUUGGCAGACUUGCUGAAGUAAUUUGAUCCUGGGACAGAAUUGUUUUUCCUUUGCUGAAUGUCGUAAUCGUACAAUCAUAUGCUAGAAUCCUUUUAUGUUAUGCAAGUUUGUGUAGUUCUUUUCUGAAGCUAAUUACACCUAGAUGUAAUCUUGAGGUCACAUCAUGUCUGAACUCUCAGGAUGAGUAAUUUUCUUGUGCUGUUGGAGAUAAUCUUGAGGUCCAUGAAUAAAGUAUGUAGAUUUGGGUUCUUCU